AUGUCCGACUCAAGAAAAAAGCUGGCUCUGGCCAUCAUUGAUUUCCUCAACACCUCCCUCAAGGAUGGCACUCUCCAAUCUGAUGACUCGGAGUCCAUUGAGAUUGCAACUUCAUGCAUCGCCGAAGCAUUCCAUGUCGAUCCUACCGACAAGACUGCCAUGACUCAGGCUCUGGGCGGACAGAACCUUCUCAGCAUCUAUGGAGUGUACGAGAAGCUGAAGGGCAAGAGCACUGCCAGCACCGAAGGUCCCAGCAGUGCUAAGGAGGGCCGCCCUGCUACUCCUACUGGCUCUUCCAAGGGCGCCAACGAGAAGUCGAAUGCUCCUACUAGCGAAUCCGAGUCUCUCAAGGCUCAAGGAAACGCCGCCAUGCAGAAGAAGGACUAUGCCACUGCCAUCGACUACUACACCAAGGCCCUCGAGAUUGCCCCCCUGAACACCAUUUACCUCUCAAACCGCGCCGCCGCUUACUCGGGUGCUGGUCAGCACGAAUCCGCCAAGAACGAUGCAGAACUCGCUACUGCUGCCGACCCCAAGUACACCAAGGCCUGGAGCAGACUCGGUCUCGCACGUUUCGCCCUUGGAGAUGCUCAGGGCAGCAUGGACGCAUACAAGGCCGGUAUCGACGCAGAGGGUAAUGGAGGCAGUGAUGCCAUGAAGCGUGGUUAUGAGACUGCCAGAAGAAGAGUUGAAGAGGAGGGCGGUGUCGAGGAGACUUCCCGCGGUGCUCCCGCUGGUGGUGCCGGUGGCAUGCCCGAUCUUUCAUCCCUUGCUGGCAUGUUUGGUGGCGGUGGUGCAGGUGGUGCUGGCGGCAUGCCCGAUUUUGCCAGUCUCAUGCAGAACCCUAUGAUGCAGCAGAUGGCCCAGAACCUGAUGAAGGAUCCCAACAUGAUGAACAACCUGAUGAGCAACCCUCGCGUCAGAGAGAUGGCUGACAAGUUUGGCGGCGGUGGCGGUGCCGGUGGCCAGGGCGGCAUGCCCGACCUCUCUAGCUUGAUGAACGACCCCAACAUUGCUGAGAUGGCAAAGAACUUCAUGGGAGGCGCUGGCGGUGCUGGAGGUGCUGGCAGAUAG